AUGGCCACCCCCGAGGUUCACCAUCUCUUCCAUGCACCAAUUGCAGACCACUCGUUCUCAUCCGACAAGAAGACACUUGCUGUCGCUCGGGAGAACAAUGUGGAGCUGUAUCAACGAUCAGGCAACAAGUUCACACUGAGCGAUGAGCUCAAGGGCCACGAGAAGAUCGUCACCAGUGUUGAUAUUGCUCCCAACAGUGGCCGAAUCGUCACUUGCUCGCAGGAUCGCAAUGCCUACGUUUGGGAGAAAACCCCCACAGGAUGGAAACCUACUUUGGUCCUCCUCCGAAUCAACCGUGCUGCAACCUUUGUGCGCUGGUCCCCAUCGGAGCAGAAGUUCGCCGUCGGCUCCGGCGCUCGAGUGAUUGCAGUUUGCUACUUCGAGGAGGAGAACGACUGGUGGAUCUCGAAGCACAUCAAGAAGCCUAUUCGUAGUACUAUUACAACCCUGGCAUGGCACCCGAACUCCGUCCUGCUGGCAGCCGGAUCGACCGAUUCUCAUGCCCGAGUCUUCUCAAGCUUCAUCAAGGGUAUUGAUACCCGCCCGGAGCCUAGUGCGUGGGGAGAGCGCCUUCCUUUCAACACUAUCUGUGGCGAAUACCUGAAUGAUACUGCUGGUUGGAUCCAGGGUGUUGCUUUCUCUCCCAGUGGUAACGCGCUCGCCUUCACUGGACACGAUAGCAGUGUAACUGUCGUGUACCCCAGCGCUCCCGAGCAGCCGCCGCGCGCGAUGUUGAACAUCGCUACUCGUUUGCUUCCACUCAACAGCCUUAUCUGGAAUGGCGAGACUGAGAUUAUCGCAGCUGGACAUGACUGUGAGCCCUUCCGUUUCCACGGCGAUGAGAAUGGAUGGCAACUUGCCGGCUCUCUGGAGAAAAAGGCUGGUGAAGCCGGCGGUGCCCGCGAGGAGUCUGCUUUGAACAUGUUCCGGCAGAUGGAUCUCAAGGGCCAGGCCCAGGCGGACACCAAGCUCAAGUCUACCCACCAGAACACUGUGCACACCAUCCGGGCCCACGAAGAAGCCAACGGUGUUGUGAGCUCCUUCAGCACGAGCGGUGUCGACGGUCGUGUUGUCAUUUGGACCGCCUGA